GGGAGGUGCCAAUGUCUGUCCAACAUGGGCAGCACAUUUCUGUUGGGGAUCGUUUCUCACGCAACCAAGCCAGGUUAUGCUCGCCAGAGUACCCUGGCCUUCGCUGCGCGGUGACUUACCGCGGGCGUCAGAGAAGUGCUGCGUUCAGGGUCUCUUGGGCUCCCCCCAGGUUGAGCCUCGCGCGCGGACGCUUUGGAUUGCUGGCGAGGGUUUCUUUCAAUCACGUGCAACGUGUAGGCAUGUCCAAAUGCCGUGGCCCGGCUCAGGUUUUUCUCGCUCGAGCCUCGCGCGCCCAAGAAGGUGGCUGCAGUCAGAGUUGGCGGGGGGCCCCAGACGCAGCCUCGAGGUGCCAGUCAUGUCAGCGGAGCUGCAGUGCCACUCCGACGCGGAGCUGCUCCACGGGUCCAGCGACGACGCAGAUCGGCCCACGCAGCGCCAGCCCCUCUUCGCGCGCAAGCUGACGCACUCGGUGGUGCUGGCAGUGUCCUGCGGUGCGAUCCUGGCGCUGGCGUCCCUGGGCGUGGCGUCGCACUGGAGCGGGCAGAGCGGGAGCCGGGCAUCUGUCCGGAUCCGGGGCGCGACAAAUUUGGACGAUUUGGGCAACCUUGUGGACGAUGUGAAAGAUGCUGCGGACGAUGCCGUCGACGAGGCCCAAGACGCUGCGGACGACGUCGUGGAGAAGCCGCCGGGUGGUGAUGUGGCGGAGGAUGCGGACGAGGUCGUCGACGACGCCCAAGAUGAUGCGGAUGACGUCGCGAAGGAUGCGGACAAGGUCGUCGACAAUGCCCAAGAUGCUGCGGAUGACGUCGCGGAGAAGCUGCCGGGUGGCGAUGUGGCGGAUGACGCGGACGAGGUCGUCGACGACGCCCAAGAAGAUGCGGAUGACGUCGCCGAGGAUGCGGACAAGGCUGUCGACGAUGCCCAAGAUGCUGCCGAUGACGUCGCGGAUAAGCUGCCGGGCGGUGAUGUGGCGAAGGAUGCGGACGAGGCCGUCGACGACGCUCAAGAUGAUGCGGAUGACGUCGCGGAGGAUGCGGACAAGGUCGUCGACAAUGCCCAAGAUGCUGCGGAUGACGUCGCGGAGAAGCUGCCGGGCGGUGAUGUGGCGGAGGAUGCGGACGAGGUCGUCGACGACGCCCAAGAUGAUGCGGAUGACGUCGCGGAUGAUGCGGACAAGGUCGUCGACAAUGCCCAAGAUGCUGCGGAUGACGUCGCGGAUAAGCUGCCGGACGGUGAUGUGGCGGAGGAUGCGGACGAGGUCGUCGACGACGCUCAAGAUGAUGCGGAUGACGUCGCGGAGGAUGCGGACAAGGUCGUCGACAAUGCCCAAGAUGCUGCGGAUGACGUCGCGGAGAAGCUGCCGGGUGGCGAUGUGGCGGAUGACGCGGACGAGGUCGUCGACGACGCCCAAGAAGAUGCGGAUGACGUCGCCGAUGAUGCGGACAAGGCUGUCGACGAUGCCCAAGAUGCUGCCGAUGACGUCGCGGAUAAGCUGCCGGGAGGUGAUGUGGCGAAGGAUGCGGACGAGGCCGUCGACGACGCUCAAGAUGAUGCGGAUGACGUCGCGGAGGAUGCGGACAAGGUCGUCGACAAUGCCCAAGAUGCUGCGGAUGACGUCGCGGAGAAGCUGCCGGGCGGUGAUGUGGCGGAGGAUGCCGACGAGGUCGUCGACGACGCCCAAGAUGAUGCGGAUGACGUCGCGGAUGAUGCGGACAAGGUCGUCGACAAUGCCCAAGAUGCUGCGGAUGACGUCGCGGAUAAGCUGCCGGACGGUGAUGUGGCGGAGGAUGCGGACGAGGUCGUCGACGACGCUCAAGAUGAUGCGGAUGACGUCGCGGAGGAUGCGGACAAGGUCGUCGACAAUGCCCAAGAUGCUGCGGAUGACGUCACGGAGAAGCUGCCCAGUGGUGACGCCUAAGGUCAUGCGGAUGACGUCGCAAAGAAGCUGCUGGGUGGUGACGACGUAGAGGCUGCGUCGACGACGACGACGCAGCUGCGUCUCCACCAGCAGCAGUGGUGCAGGUGACGGGUCGUGGCGCAGCCCUUGAACCGGUGAUUGGUGGUAGAGGGAACUGGAGGAGGGAGGCCUGUGCCGCGCGCAUUCGCUUGCGUGGCCACCUGGUAGAUCGAGUCGGACAGCGGCCCUGUUCCGACCCCGCCGCGCUGGAGGCGGUUAUCUGUGCUUCGCGCACCCGCCCAGCGCGGCCACCCGAGAGCUCUUUCUGCUUCUCCUCCUCGUCCUCCUCCUCCUCCUCCUCCUCCUCCUCCUCCUCCUCCUCCUCCCCCUCCUCCCCCUCCUCCGCUUCCGCCUCCUCCGACCCCGCCGGAUCGAUUCGGGCGGCGCGCGCGCGGAGCUGCGACGCGUCCCCCUUCCUCUGGGAUUUAAAGUUUUUCUCCUAGUGUACAUAAAUAUAUAGAUGCCGCUCUUCCGCCUGCUCACCGUUAUCGGGCGGUGUGUUGCGCAAUGCUGUUGAACCAGGGCCGAUCCGACGCUCGGAGAAGGAAGGCCGAAUCUCGCAACGUGUCUUAUCAAUGACGUUUUUGAUUUUGCAGUUGCUAGGGACAGCGACGCGUGCUGAAGCUGACCGCGGACAACAUACGCAAAACAGGUGCAUACAUGUCCGAGUGUGGCAAGUUGUUCACCGGCAGGUGCCCCACGUAAGUCUCUUACAGUGGAAACCCAUGCCAGGAACCGCUCUGCUUGCCUCC